AUGGAGCAGACACUGACACGUAACAGUCCUGCGUAGAAUUUAAGGAAGAAGCUGCAUCUUUUUCUAUAAACUCUCUUUGGAGCCAUCUGACCCACUUCAGACUUGAUGAACAACCCAGCUGCUCCAUCCUAGCCGCUUGGAGGGGCCUCCGGAAGCGACCGACUCAGGACUAUCAGAUAGAAGCAAAGGGAAAGCCGAAGUUUAAAAUGAGGUUUUCAGUGUUUAUUUCUGUCCUGCGCUCUCUCGGCCCGGUGGUUAUCGGCAUUUCAUUGGGCUUCACGCUGAGUUUGCUGAGUGUAAGCUGGACGGAAGAAGCGUGUCCCCUGGAGGUCAAGGAGAGCGAGGAUGUGGCUUCGGGUCAGGAAGGACUCCUCAAAGGAGCCCGAAAGCCCAACUCCAUUUCAACUGGCAACGAUGUGGAGUCUGAAGAGGAUUUCGAGCCGAGAAUAGUCCCAUACAAACAAGUCCAACCGAGUGCUCCAAAGAAAGUUUUCAGGGCGAAGUACAUAAGCACGGAGCUUGGGAUGCGAGAGCGUCUGUUCGUCGGAGUCCUGACCUCCAAAAACACCAUCAAUACUCUGGGCGUGGCGGUGAACCGCACCAUCAGCCACCACCUGGACAUCGUGGUCUUUUUCACCGGCUCUCGCAACCGCAAAGUCCCCCAUGGCAUGUUCGUGGUCUCCCACGGAGACGAGCGGCUGAUCUGGAACAUGUUUCAGACUGUCAGGUAUGUCUUAGACCACUACAUCAACGAAUACGACUGGUUCUACUUCAUUCAAGACGACGCCUACGUGGAAGCGGACCGCAUCAGAGAACUGGUGGAGCACCUGAGCAUGGAUCGGGAGCUGUACAUGGGGAGCCCUGAAGAGUUCAUCGGCGGGGAGAUGGAAGGGAAGUACUGCUACGGGGGGUUCGGUUACCUCCUGUCACGCAGCUUACUCCUACGACUUCAGCCCUUCCUGGAAAACUGCAGGAAUGACAUCCUUAGCUCCAGGCCGGACGAGUGGCUGGGAAGAUGCAUCAUUGAUUAUACCAGCACCAACUGCGUCAGUGAAUAUGAGGGACUUGAGUACCACCAUUACGAGCUCGGAAAAAACUCUGAUCUGAGCAAAGAACGGAACGAAAAGUUCAAGAGAGCUUUGACUGUUCAUCCGGUGUCUGAUCCUGAGCAGAUGUACCGACUGCACAGAUUCUUCUCUGAGAUUGAGCUCCAGAAGACUUACAAUGAGAUCGCUAAGCUGCAGGCGGAGAUUAAAAAUGUCAGUGUGCUCGCUUUUGAAGGCAACAGAACCUCUCAGUGGCCUGUCGGGGUCAAUCCACCGUUUGAGCCGAAAUCUCGGUUUGAAGUUCUGAAGUGGGAGUACUUUACAGAAGAGGAGAUAUAUUCCUGCAUCGAUGAUGCUCCUAAAUGCGAGCUCCGCGGCAUUGAUAAAAUGGAUGUAGCGGACGUCAUAGAAACAGCCAUAGAGGAGCUGAACAAAAAGUACAAGCCCACCUUACAUCUGAAGAAGCAGCAGCUAAUUAACGGAUACAGGCGCUUUGACCCCACCAGGGGCAUGGAGUACACCUUAGACCUGCAGCUCGAGGUUGUUAAUCAGAAAGGUCACAGCCGGUCUAUAACCAAGAGAGUCCACCUGUUGCGACCCUUAAGCCUGAUUGAGAUCAUUCCCAUGCCCUAUGUCACAGAAGCUACAAGAGUUCACAUCAUUAUACCUCUUACUGCUGAAGACCGGACCUAUGUCAGCCAUUUCCUGGAGGUUUUUGCCUCCAACGCCUUUGAGACGAGCGAAAAUGCAAUCCUGACGUUUCUGUUUAUCUACGACCCGGAGGAGGCUCAGCAUGUUAAUCACAAUGAUAUAUUUGCGGAUGUGAAAAAUCAAAUCAAUGUUUACGAGCGAAAGUACCCCGCAGUGAAAAUCCCCUGGAUAAGCGUCAAAACGGAAAUACCGUCGCAGAUUAAAUUCAUGGACAUAAUCUCCAAAAAACACCCGGUGGACACGUUGUUCUUCCUGGCCCACGUCAACACAAACAUCAACGCUGAAUUUCUGAAUCGCUGCCGCAUGAAUUCGAUUAACAACUGGCAGGUUUUCUUUCCCAUCCACUUCCAGGAGUACAACCCUGACGUGACCUAUCACAACCAGCCGCGUCCAGCGACGGUAGAUCUUGUAAAAGACGCGGGACAUUUUGACCGCAGGUCGUUCGACGAGGCGUGCUUCUACAACUCUGACUACAUGGCCACGCGAUCUCGAAUGUUGGCCGACGUCCAAGAGAACGAGGAUAUUCUGGAGAGCCUGGAUAUCUAUGACAUAUUUGUAAAGUAUUCGGGUCUGCAUGUCUUCCGAGCUGUUGAGCCAGCUCUUCACCAGCAGUACCGCUAUCAGACCUGCAACCCAAAACUCAGUGAAGACAUCUACCACAGGUGUAUUCAGAGCAACAUGGAGGGCCUUGGUUCGCGAUCGCAGCUCGCCAUGCUGCUUUUUGAACAAGAACAAGGAAACAGUACUUGAAGAUACCCGACACAUUUCAACUGCUAUGUUUUUGUUAAAAUGGACUGAAGUUGUUGGAUCUUUUCAGAGUCCUUCAUGGGUAACACAGCAACAAGUCCUCUACCAGCUUUAAGUCCAACCCUUCAUUUCUCCCUCAAUGCCUUUUAUUAAAGGCUGUUUGGUCAGCUUUCGUUUAGUUUCUAUUUUUUUUAGCCUAGUUUUGAUAUACUGAUGCAAUACAAGUUUGGAAAGAAGCUGUUUCUUCAGGAUUCGCUGGAGCCAAAUGUGUUAGCGACACUGGCAAAUCAGAAAAAUGGCAUCAAGCAAUUUUGACCACCAGGGGAGCAUAAAACCCCCCAAUAACUUGUGGUUUUGUGGUACCUUUAAGGAGGUUGUCCUUGGUGGUAAAGGAUUUAUCAGCUUUCAACUGGAAGCUGUUGCCACGCUAGCUACCAAAGGCUAACGCUAAUUAGCAGUAGGCAUGGCCGCAUGCUGGUAUCCUGGCAGUUUGAAAUUUUUUCUGUUGAGUUAAUAGGACUUGUCAAAGCAGUUGGAGUUUAGAGUUGGAGCCACUACUUCUUUCCCACUUGUUGCUGCACACUUCAGGUAAUCUGACUGAAAAAGACUACUUCUUUUCUCCUAUGCUAACAAGGACAAAUUUAGCCCCUUUGAAAAUCAGUCAAGCUAUUGAAAGAAAAAUAGCUCCACCGAUCACUCAGAGACGCAGUCGCCAGCCCUUUAACUCUCCGGAGAAGGUAAGCCCACGGACGUCCACUGCUUGUAAUUGUGUAACCCAGGAAAAUAUUUCAAAAGUCAGAUGUUUUUAUGGCAUAAUUCUUAAUUAACGACAUUUGGCCUAAAACGAGUUAUUGAGCGUAUGGGUUUGCUAUUCUAACCUUAUUUAGGUAUCUGAAAACAUCUUCAUCUUCAUGUUGAUGUUUAUUUAUUUUAUACUUUAUUGAUCCACACUUUAACAUUAUUUCAGCAUAAUGCAAUUAUGUCUUCUCAGUGUUUAUUUAAAAUUCUCUUGGGGUGAAGUCACUGUAGGCUGGCUACCGGAGCAGACAGCCCAGCUAACGGUGAUAAUAUUCUGUGCAACAAGCAAGUUUACUUGAAAAUGACAACAAAAUUUACUUCUAUUUAUUCUGUAUUUUUGUUCUGUGUUGAAAUCAAAACUACAGUAAAUGAUUUAAUGUUUUUUUUUUUUUUUUUUUUAAUACAUUGUGUUAAGGAAUAGCAGUUCGAUUUAAGAAAAAAAAAAAUCAACGUUCCUCUUUAUUUUUUUGGGCCCUUUUGAAAACUUUAUUGAGGUGUUUUACUGAAGGUCCUCAAGCUGUAAGAAUCUCAUACCGACCCU